AUGUUGGAGUCCAAGUUCCGGUUGAUCAUGUUGUUUCAGUUCGUUGUGACAUUGGUAUUGAUGGGUAAGUAACUUACCGUUAGCUACAUACUCUUUUGCCUUUUUUUAAUGCUAUAUAUUUGUUCUUGAUUACAAAUUUACCUUUUACACCGUACACCUUGUUUAAGACAAGCUCUCUGAUACGUCUGUUUCAAGUCAAAAUGGUGGUUUUACUUGUUAUGAAUGCUAUGGCUUUAACGAUCCGACUGCUCCGGAUCAGGUACAGUUGACAAUUUUUUAUCGUUUGUUCAACUUUUUUUUAAAUUAAAAUUUUUUUAAUUAAAAAAAUUUUUUUUUAAUUUGAAAAUUUUCAGGAUAUGAAUCUCAACUUUUCCAGACAUUGUGCUAUUGUGGACGAACAGACAAAUAUUUCUACCAUGUUUUGUCAAAUACAAUUGGGUUGUAGAUACGACUUUUUCCCUUACAAGACUAUGUCUGGCAAAGGUAAUUAAAUUAUAAAAACUGGAAGGCAGUUAGCCUUUAUCAUGCAGUUGUUUUGCUGCUGGAGCUCCUUGGUCAUGUCUAUAAAAUUUUGCAUUAAGCUUAGUAGGCGUUAUAAACUGAGGUUUGGAGUCGGUAUUUAGUAGGCUGUAAACUUAGAAAGCUUGGGCUUAGGCUUAGUAGUCUUAGGCUUAGUAGUCUUAGGCUUAGUAAGCUUGGGCUUAGUAGGCUUAGACUUAGUAGGCUUAGGCUUAGUAGUCUUAGGCUUAGUAAGCUUGGGCUUAGUAGGCUUAGACUUAGUAGGCUUAGGCUUAGUAGGCUUAGGCUUAGUAGGCUUAGGCUUAGUAGGCUUAGGCUUAGCAAGCUUAGGCUUAGUAGGCUUAGGCUUAGUAGUCUUAAGCUUAAUAGGCUUUGGAUUAGUUAGGUUAGGCUUAGUAGGCUUAGGCUUAGUAGGCUUAGGCUUAGUAGGCUUAGGCUUAGUAAGCUUAGGCUUAGUAGGCUUAGGCUUAGUAGGCUUAGGCUUAGUAGGCUUAGGCUUAGUAGGCUUAGGCUUAGUAGGCUCAGGCUUAGUAGGCUUAGGCUUAGUAGGCUUAUGUUUAUUAGGUUUAGUAGGCUUGGGCUUAGUAGGCUUGGGCUUAGUAGGCUUGGGCUUAGUAGAUUUAGGGUCGGUAGGCUUAGGCCUAGUAGACUGAAGCUUACGCAUUGUGUACCGAUGCUUAUAUGUAAUAGACUGAUGUGUACGACAUCUGUGUGGAUUUAUAUACAUAACUCGAUACGUUUUUUGUACUUUAAUAAGCAUGUUUUAGUGUACGACAUGACACUGCGAAGGUGCAAUGUGCACGCAGAUCAGGUAAGGCUGAAUGUUUUACAUGCACACAUUAUUGUUUAAUCUUAUUUAUAUUUCAUUCUUACUUUACCUUUAUAUUGUAGAUGGAAGACGGUUGCGAAUAUAGAGACGGUACCGGUCCUUUUCAUGGCCUAACUGUGUAUGGUUGCAUUUGUCACGGAGAUCAGUGCAAUUCUCCCACUUUCACCACAACCUCAAUGCCAAGCACAACCGAGUCUGUAACCACAACCGGUCCCGAAUCGACAACCGAUCCCGAAUCGACAACCGAUCCCGAAUCGACAACCGAUCCUGAAUUCACAACCGCUUUUGACUUCACAGCCGCUUCUGACGUCACAACCGAUCCUGAAUUCACGACUGAAGACCCGGGAAACUCGACUGCCAAUUCGACCGCUCUAGCCUUGUUACCAACUGACUGGUCGAUUUCACUAACGACUCUGAUCUCCAACUACAUUUGGCUUUACUUGUUGUAG